AUGGAUGGAAAGACAAGGCAUCAAUCAGACAAGGGUUCCAAGGGAAGUUGCUUAUCUCAUUGGCUUGCCGCCCUCCAAAUUCUGGAUAUGAGUAGCUCAUCCGAUAUGCGUCUUUUGCCUCCCCAUGGCAAUUCUCACCAGCCUCUGUCAGUCAUCCUUGACGUCGCUCAGCCAACCCUAAGCCGUGCCGGCGUAGCACGGGGGAACAGCCAAGAGAAAAAACUUGCUCGCGGCCGAAACGCCCCCAGUGAAGAACUGCCUUUCUGGUCAAACUUCCUGGACCAAUAG